AUGUCCAAAGAGAAGCAAGAAGCAGCAGUUAAUGUCACCCCCGUCCAGGGAGCAGCUCCAUUGGCAGCACCGCCUUCUGCAGUCGCAAGACUGGUCAAUUCAGGUCCUGUUUCCAUUUUGUGCUAUUGUUUAUCUUCCAUCUUGAUGACCACCACCAACAAGUACGUUGUCUCGGGGCGCCACUUCAACUUGAACUUCUUCCUCUUGGCCAUCCAGUCCAUCGUCUGUCUUGCUGUCAUUGCCGUCCUGAAGUUCUUUGGCGUUAUCACUUACAGAAGCUUCAAUACUAAUGAGGCUAAAAAAUGGUCGCCAAUUGCAUUUCUUUUGGUCAUUAUGAUCUACACCUCUUCAAAGGCUUUGAAGUAUUUGGCCAUCCCUGUCUACACCAUCUUCAAGAACUUGACCAUCAUUCUUAUUGCAUACGGUGAGGUUCUAUGGUUUGGUGGUGAAGUCACCUCAAUGGCUUUAGGUUCCUUUGUUUUGAUGGUUCUAUCCUCGGUUAUUGCAACUUAUGGUGAUACUGAUGCUACAACAGGCGCUUCCAAUUUGAACGUCGGUUACCUAUGGAUGGCCUUGAAUUGCUUCUCCUCUGCUUCCUUUGUCUUGUUCAUGAGAAAGAGAAUCAAGUUGACCAACUUUAAAGAUUUUGAUACAAUGUACUACAAUAAUUUGUUGUCAAUUCCAAUCCUAUUAGUGGCUUCCCUGCUAUUAGAAGAUUGGUCUUCUGCUAAUAUCGAAUUGAACUUCCCAUCAAAUGCUAGAGCAGCAGUCUGGACUGCAAUGAUUGUCUCUGGUGCUACAUCCGUUGGUAUCUCCUACUGUUCCGGUUGGUGUAUUAGAGUCACCUCUUCUACUACUUACUCCAUGGUGGGUGCUUUGAAUAAAUUGCCAAUUGCUUUAUCCGGCUUGAUUUUCUUUGACGCUCCAAUCAACUUCUUCUCCAUCUCCUCCAUUUUUGUUGGAUUUGCAGCAGGUUUGGUAUACGUUGUCGCAAAGCAAAAGCAAAAGGAAGAUCAGGCUAGACAAGGUCAACUACCAAAAUAA